AUGCUGCAAAUUAGGAGAUGGUGGUGUCUUGUCCUCCUACAGAACUUCCCCAUGCCGUCUAAGGAAACCAGAUUGCAGGAAAGAAAAAGACGGAGAAAGCAAAAAGGAAAACAGGAUCUGGAAGUGGUCCCUCCAAAAAGUAUUCGGCUUUCAGAAUCUGUCUCUGAAGCAUCAGCAAAGGCUGAGAGCUUGCCGGAAGUGGGAACUGGGAACGGAGAGGAUUCCCUGCUUAUGGACACCUUAACGGCAGCAAGGUGGUGUGGCACAAGAUCCUUCAACAAGGGAAAACUUUACCUUCCCCAGGUCAUCACCAUGAACAAGGAAGAUUCCUUGAGGGCAGUGGAAAUGCUGCGCAUGUGUGAUGGCCUGGAUGAAGAGUAUAAAGAAGACCUCAGUGAACCGUUCAUGUUCAUGUUUAGUUUGCAGGCAGACUAUGAGGAGUUCUGCAAGGAAAUGAUGGACAAAAGGCAGCUGCAGGCUGAUGUCACCGGUGUGCGUCACUCUGGGGGCGGGUGGUCACUCCUGUCUGUCACCGCCCGCCUGCGCUGCACCUUUCACCGGGAGCCACGAAGGGCAUCGGGGGAACCGGCCACACAGAGCACCGUAGCAGCUCGCCUUACCCAGAUUGAGGAAGAGGAGGACGCUGACCUGUUGGAUACUUCGUGUUGA